AUGUAUUUAUGCCUUGCUUCCAAAGUCUCAUUAUGGCUUGGAAUAGAUGCUGACUUUGCGAACAUUCAAUGGUCUGUAAACAUAUCGGACUCUGCGACAGACACCAAGAGCGAUGUCCCAACCACAAGAAAGUGUCUAUCUACAAGAAAGGCACUACAGGGCGUCCUCAAAAAUGUGUUGCCUGCGAUAGAGGGAAACCACAACAUAAGUAGCGAGGAUGCUGCUAUCGAAGAUGUGAAGGUAGACUUUCUCGCAGAGGGCGGCUACAACUACGUGUGGCUUGUUUCGUUUUCUUCAAAACCCUCUGAACAAGACGGUACAACUUCCUUGCAUACAGCCAUACUCCGCGAGCCAAACGACGAUGCAUUCUUGCCGUGGCAGAUCGAAAAUGAAGUUGCCCACCUCACUUUCAUUGCCAAAGACCAUCCCUCGAUCCCAGUGCCCAAAGUCUACGCGUAUGACGAUGGAAAAACCGGGAACGAGCCUUACAUCACGAUGGAGUACAUUGAUGGGCAGCCUCUGGAUUCAGUAUGGACUGCAUACUCUGAGGACGAGAAAUUGGCAGCUGCCCGACAAGUUGCCCAAACAAUAAUCGAAAUGGGCACAAUCACAUUCGAUCGGAUCGGCGGUCUGACCUUGGAACACGAGAUUGGGCCAACGGUGGAGGCCUCAUCCCCAUCAACGUUUCUCCCAGAGCAACCAUUCACCCUCGUUCACAACGACCUCAACGGCCGCAACAUCAUGAUGCGGGAUAAGAAGAUUGCGGCGAUCUUAGACUGGGAAUUUGCAGGUAGCUACCCGCUGAGUGAGAUGCUGGAAGGCAGAGGUGUUGAUCUGCUGGAAACAGUGGAUGAUGAGACGGAGGAAGAGAACAGCGCUUGGAGUCUCCGCAUGGGGGAACUAGUGGCCGAGGCGGCGAGAGCAAGAGGAUGGGAUGAGGGGAGGGUAGAAUUGUUAGUUGGGAGGGGAAACGAGGAGCUUGGUCUGGCGAGGAUAGAGAUGGUUCCCGACUUUUUGGCUGAAGAUGCAUCUGAUAUUGGUGCCGGCAACGAUGCUGACAAUGAUGUUGGAGGAUCCCGAGGCUGGACGGCAUUGGUAGUCUGGAUUGCUUCCUUUCUUGGUGAUGUAUGGCGCCUAAGCAAUUCUGAAAGCCUGAAAUUUUGGCCUCAUCAGUGGCGACUGCGUUGGUCAUAG